CCGAACCGGGCACGGCACCGAACGGGAGGCAGCCGCAGGAUUAGUAGGGAAGAGCAGAGCGAGCAGGAUUUAUCAGCUUUUCAGACAUGCAUUACGGCCUUUUGUGACAUUUCACGGGAUUGUACAGGACUUUGCCCGGCUGUAACAGGGGUUCUUCAGCCACAAAAGAAAGGUGCCAGCAUCGGCGGUGGGAGCCCGGCAGGGCACGAUGAAGGUGUCACCGCAGGAGCCCCAGGGCCAGGCAGGGGUCUGAGGCUGGCAGCAGUGCCACACCGGGCUGGUCCCUCUGCAGCCGGCCGGGAAGAACCUUUCCAUCGGGACACGGCUCCGGAGCGAUGGGCUGAACUCCGGGGAGCAAUGAGCGUCUGGCCAGGCAGAGAUUCGGGGGCCUGCUGGGAAGCGUGAAGGGCCGGUUUCAACAAGGGCAUGGCCAAAGCUUUCUUCAGGCUACAGAAGUUUCUCCGCCGGAUCCAGUUUGUGCUCUUCUUCCUCACCGCAGCUUACCUGAUGGCCGGCAGCCUCCUGCUGCUGCAGCGGACCCGCUUGGUCAUCCAGCAAGGCUCCCGAGGGAGCCCCACGGAGCAGGAGGAGCCGGGCAGGGCUCGGGGCACAGAGCCCCGGAGCCUGCAGAGCCCCCGGCCCGGCCCCGGGCUGCCGGGGAACGCGGGUGCGCUGCAGGAGCCGGCCCCGGAGCGGCACAGCCCGCACUGGCUCGCCUCCCGCAACUCGGAGCUCCGGCAGCUCCGGAGGAGGUGGCUGCACAGGCUGGGCAGCGAGCAGGAGCCCCAGCAGAGCCCGGGAUCCAAAGCCAUGAAGCUCACCGCGGAGCACAAAGGCACCUACAUGGGCUGCUUCACUCACGACUCGAGGGAGAGGACACUGAGGGGAGCUGUCUUUUAUGACUUGAGGAAAAUGACAGUAGCUCACUGUCAGGAAGCUUGUGCUGAGAGGGCUUACAGCUACGCGGGGCUGGCUCACGGGGCAGAGUGCUACUGCGGGAACUCGCUGCCGGCGUCGGCGGCCCCGGGCCGGGAGUGCAGCAGCGAGUGCCGGGGCCAGCGCGGCUCCGUGUGCGGCGGGCUCGGGCGCCUCUCGGUGUACAGCGCGCAGCUCCGCCCGGCUGCCCGGCCACGGAGGAAUGUUAUCUAUCGAGGAUGUUUUAGAGCUCCAGAAAAUUUAACAGACACCUUUCCAGCCUCUUUGAUACAGCCCAAUUUGACGGUGGAGAUGUGCUCUGAAUUUUGCUCCAAGAAAGAGUUCCCUCUGGCAGUGAUCCGAGGGCAGGAGUGCCACUGCGGGUUCCCCACCGGGCGCUUCUCCCUGCGCGAGGGCGCGGACGGGCAGCGCUGCAGCGGGACGCGCAACAGCAGCGGGGCUGCAGCGGGACAGUACUGCCUGGUCUACCAGACACCCGUGCAAGACACCCGCUGCACGGACAGGAAAUUCUUAACCACCAAAUCCAAGGUGUUUGUUGCUUUGUCAAGCUUUCCUGGGGCUGGGAAUACGUGGGCACGCCAUUUGAUAGAGCAUGCCACAGGAUACUACACGGGAAGUUAUUACUUCGAUGGAGCCCUCUACAACAAAGGUUUUAAAGGAGAAAAAGACCACUGGAGGAGUAGGAGGACCAUCUGUGUGAAAACACACGAAAGUGGUAAGACAGAGAUUGAAAUGUUCGACUCGGCGAUCCUGUUGAUAAGGAACCCCUACAAGUCCCUGAUGGCAGAGUUCAACAGAAAAUACGCCGGGCACCUGGGCUAUGCCACUGACCGCACCUGGAAGAGCAAAGAGUGGCCGGAUUUUGUGAACAGCUAUGCCUCCUGGUGGGCCUCCCACGUCCUGGAGUGGCUCAAGUACGGGAAGCGCCUGCUCGUGGUCCACUACGAGGAGCUGAAGCAGAGCCUGAUCCCCAAGCUGAAGGAGAUGGUGGAGUUCCUGAACGUGACAGUGACAGAGGACAGGCUGCUCUGCGUGGAGAACAACAGGGAUGGCAAUUUCAAGCGGUCCGGUGCUAAACAAAAGAAUUUUGAGCCAUUCACCCAGGAAAUGAAAGAGCUCAUCAACAAAUACAUCCUGACAGUGGACGAAGCCCUAAGGGGAAGAAACUUCUCAGGGCUGCCCAGGGAGUAUGUGCCAAGAUGAUAGGCUGGUAUCACACUGCUGUGGUUAAAAAUGAAGGUUUUAUUUUUUUCUUAAAAAAAAAAAACCAGAAAAAAAACCCAAACAAAAACCCACAAACAAACAAGAAAAAAAAGAAAGGAAAAAAAAGAAAUUUAGAAAUUUAAAAAUUUAAAAAGAUCAGAACUCUUUAGCAGAUACUUGUGGAGGCUGCUGAGCAGUGCAGUUGGGUUUUUUCAGCCCCAAACCUGGCUCCAGGGGCAUGGAGGAGACCCCAGAGAGGUGGCAGAGAAGGGAGUGCCACCUGUGCUAGGGGCUCAACACACAUUUCUGCACCUCCAUCUCUUCACCUGGAGAGUCAGGGUGGGUCUGGGGGGACAGCAGGGCCAAGUGUCACCACAGUCAGUGCUCUUGGUUCUGGAAGUGGGAAUGCUCUUGGUUCCAGCUGGGAGCACCUGGAGAACAGGGGCAAAGGGGGUGAACCUCAGUCCCUCCAGCCCCACCAGGGGUAGGAUCCCACUUCCCACCCCAUCCCUGAGUCCCUGCAGGAACCCCAAGGCACUCCAGCCUGGAAAACCAUGGAUGUGCAUAGCUGCCCUCCAGAGCCCCUCCAGCAGCUGAGCAGGUUUGGUUUUUAAUUCCUGCAGUCACCUGAGGCUCGUUGGACCCUGCAGAGGGGAGAGAUCAGGGGCACACAGGGCUGGCAGGGCAGCUGGCCCCAUGACCACUGGGCAGCUUGGAGAUGGUUAAACCCUGUGAGACACUUCUGUUCACGUGGAAUAAAGGAUUUCUUAAACAUUUGAGUGAAAAUCCUAAUUUUAAUAAAACAAGUUUAUAUAAAGGGAGCUGAACUUCCUCUGCCUGUGUAUCACUGGUGCUUUGAAAACAAUACAGGACAUGGAACACACUUCAACUCAAGUCUCUCCCUGUUUACACCCCACACACAUCUCCGUGCCACCCUCCUGCUAUGGGGCUUGUUGUGGGGUUGGCACAUCCCCAUCCCCAGUACUCAGUGCCUUCCCUGGCAGUGGGGGUCUCAAGGGCCACAAAGGGGUGAGGGAUUGCAGCAGACUGAGCUGGUGCACCAAGAAAACAGAAAUUAUUUUUGUUUAUGCAAGGGGUACAGCUCAAAAAAAAACCAACUCAGUUUGUGGUGCUGUAAGCCCAAAGACAAAUGGUGAGACCCUGUGGUGCCUGCACAGGUGGCACAGCCCGUGCACAGGAACACAGCUCACACACAUGGACACCAAGGAAAAAACCCAGUACCAAACACCACAGACAGUGCAGAAACACCCAGGUACAGAAACAUUCCCAUAAAGCAGAUAAAUGAGAAUGCUACAAAACAGAACUAUCACCAUCUGCACUCUGACUUAGUAAUGAGCUAAUUAUUUUGGAAAUUAUGCAUUACAGCUCUUCCAAGUUUCACUUGGGCAGCAGUUGCUGUUGAUGGACGUGGGUCACAGUCCAAAAAGUUUGAGCCCAGCCUAUGGAAGGAGCACAAAUACUUCACAGAAAGAAAUUGCUCUUAGCUUCACUGAACUACAUGCCUGAGACCACAAACCAGGAUUUGGGCCCACCACAAAACAUGAAGAUGAUAACAUUUUAUUACAUUGCCUUUCCAGCCUUGUGUGGCAUUACAGGAUCAUUAAAAAAAAUAUUUGGAUCAUUUCAAACCUGUAAAUGGUGAGCAAGGACAGGCUAUAAACUCUCAAGAAGGCAAUUUAAUUAUGUAUAUGUCCUGUAAUGAAGACUCUUUGUGGCUAAAAUUAUAGCUGGCAAAAGUUAUGAAUAUGUAUUAGCUCUGUAAUACCAAAAAUGAGCUCGUUUAACAAUAAAAGAAAUUAUAGACAACCAUGUCUUAAUAGCAGA